ACUUGGAUCAAUCAUCAAUAACAUAACAACAAUUACAACAUUAACAUCUCAAAAAAACCAACCUGCUUACUACCUUACCAACCCUGCUAUUUCUGUUCACCCACUCUUCCAUAUAACUCAUUUAUAUAUAUAUAUAUAUAUGCAUAUGUAUGUGUGUUCAUCCAUUUCUUUACAAAUCCAAAAGUUUUGAAUUAUAGUGCAUCGAAUCCUAUGUCAAUAGAGGAUAAUAAAGUUCUCGGUCUCGCGGAACCAUAUAAAAUUUCUUCGCCUGAGCGAAUGGACAGAAAGCCUAUGGCGUCUGCCAAUGGUACAUUAGGGUUAGGACCUCGUUUUUCUUGUGGCAUUUGCGGUAAAAGCUAUCUACGCAAACGUCAUUUACAGCGACAUUCGCGCGAUGAAUGCAUUGGCAUACCGCCCCGUUUCAAUUGCGAAUUAUGCCCUUCCCGUUUUCGCCGCAAAUAUCAUAUGGUACGGCAUUUAGUAUCUAAACAUGGUGUACCGCAAAAUAUCGCUCAACAAACUACGGGUAAUAGAAGUAAUCAAUUAUCCAGAACUAGUAGGUCCGGUAAUAGUAGAGGUGGUGGAGGAGGGGUAAAAGGAGGCAGAGGAGGAGGAGGAGGAGGAGGAGGGCAACACGAACAAAUAGUGGGAGAAAAUACAACGAAAAUACUUAAUAAAAUUAAAACAGAAAGUUUAUGUGAAAAUGUGGAUCCCGUAAAUAACGGCUGUGACGAUGGUUAUGAUUUACCUGAGAAUCUCAGUAUACGUAAGGAUAAGAACUGUGUGAAAUUUCCAAUUUAUGUUCCCAAUCAAAUCAAUUUAGCAACAGGCUGUGGUAAUAGCGGUGGCGAAUGCGCCAGCGAUGGUAAUGCCAGCAAUGAAACGGGAAAUACACCUGAACCUCCAAUUACUCAUUUAGGAUCUAUGCCUACUUAUGGCUUAUCGGGCGCUAUAACCGCCAUAUCAGCGGCAGCAAAUCAAGUUGAAGAGAAUGAUGCCAAAAUGUUACUGGAAGCAGCAGCAGUAGCUGUGCAAGCAGCUUCUAGCUCAUCGGCAGCGUCUGCUGCAAUGGACGCGCCUGGGCCUAGCAGUGAAAAUAUUGAUGGCAGAAAUAGUUCAACUUCUUUGACGAUGCCUGUCAGUAUAAACAAUAUAAAAAGCGAGAAUAGUGAAAGUUUUCCGGUUAAUAAAUCUUCACUGACUACGCUGGAAGAAGAAUGGAAGAUGAAGCUUAGCUUACAAAUCAUAUCGAAUUCAAUUCUAAAAGAUAGACUUAUGAACUCAAUGCCAUUUGCUUAUCAAAAUAAUUAAGUUAAAUUUAACCAAAAUGAAAGUAAAAACAUAUAUAUUGUUUUUAUUUGUUUCUACGU